AUGAUUGCCGGCGUUGUUUCCCACCAUCUUGUGUUUCGGCCGGUGGAAAUCGACAGCUACUUGUGGCGACUAUUGUUCAUCUACCUCUUCACGCUAGCUACUAUUUUUGGAGGCUACAUUCGAAUCGGAGAGUACCGAGUUGUGGCGGCCUUGCUGCAGACCGUCCUAGUUGCAACUGCAUACAAUGUUGGAGUUUUGACUAGUAUCUUUGUGUAUAGAGCAUUCUUUCAUCCUCUGCGGGAGUUUCCCGGGCCCUUCUGGGCAAGGAUCUCUCGGUUUUAUGCCAUGGGAAAGAUGAUUCAGAGCCGAAAGGGUUACGAAGAUAUACAAAAGCUCCAUCAAAAGUACGGAGACAUUGUGCGAGUCGGGCCGCGCGAAUUGUCCAUUAACCGUCCCUCUGCCAUCCGCUCUCUUUACGGAGCCCACUCGCAAACAUCGAGACCGCCAUGGUAUUCGCAGACGUCGAGACACCCAUCCAAGUCCUCGUUGAUCAACACGCGGGACUCAGCAGCACACAAACUACGGAAGAAGAUUUGGGAAAAGGCCCUUGGGUCAUCUCGAGCAUUGGAUGUAUAUGAGUCGCGAGUGCAGGCAAAAGUAGACCUUUUACUGUCCAAAAUCGAAGAGGCAAAUGGCAACCCAAUCGAUAUGACAAAGUACUUUAUGUACUUUAGCUUUGAUGUCAUGGCAGAUGUUGGGUUUUCCAAAAACUUUAACAUGCUCGAGUCGACAAGUAUUCACCCAGCUAUCAAAGGCGUUCAUGACACCAUGUGGUUCAUCGGGCUCUUGACCACCAUACCGUGGAUGCUGUACAUGGUCGGCUCGACACCGGGUUUGAAUAGUCUCAGUCGAUUCUCUAUCUGGUGCCAUGAGCAGCUCAACGAGAAGCGAAAGAUCCUGGCUAGUGAGAAGGAAAAGGAACCGCAGGAUGUCAUGUCGUGGCUGCUAAACGCCAUGGACAAGGGGGACCCCGCGGCACCUCCUUCGGAACGUGCCGUUCAAGAAGAUUCUCGUCUUCUGAUUAUAGCUGGAAGCGAUACGACGGCUGGAGUAUUGGCAAAUGCGUUCCAUCUCUUGUUAACGAACCCCCAUACCUACGAGCAUCUUCAAGCCGAACUUCAGAAACAGUUCCCAGGAGGAAUCAGCGACUGGACAUAUGAAAAGGCAAAGGCAAUUCCUUAUCUCGACUGGAUCGUCUACGAGACGCUGCGAUUGAGGCCCACAGCCGCAGCAGGAAUGCCCCGAGCCCUGCCCUCACAAGGCCUCAUGAUUGACGGCGAAUUCAUCCCCGGCGGAACAAUCGCCUCGAUUCCCCCCUAUACGUUACAGCGAGAUGCGCGAUAUUGGGCAGAGCCGCUUGCUUUUCGGCCGGAGAGGUGGGAGGACUGUUCGAUGGAUAGCGUUCCCUGGAUUGCGUUUAAUCGGGGGACAUGGUCGUGUCCUGGGAAGGGUCUUGUGAUGAUGGAGCUGAGGAUGGUGCUUAGCCGUGUACUUUUGCAGUAUGAUGUUACUCUGCCUCCGGGGAUGGGUGGAGAUACGUUUGAGAGGGAUACUAUUGAUAAUGUUUCGAUGGUGGUGCCUGCAUUGUAUCUUACAUUUACUCCUAGGUAA